AUGAUAGUGAUGAUGACAAAGCAACGUGAGUGGGUGGAGAAGUUGUCGUUACCGUACAUGAACCAGUAUGCGUCAAUCCGUAGUACAGUCACCCAACGUAUGAAGGCUGUAAAGAUUUCAUAUCCAGGACCCGGAGACACUGCGCGCGCAUGGCCUAGCGAUAAUAUGUCGCCACCCACCUUACACCGGGGUGGUGGCGGCCUUGGACCCGGGAAAUUAGUAUGGUCGGUAGUGAUGCUCCCAUCGGGGGAGGUGGUGUCAGCACCGACAGUGACGACUAAGGUGUAG